AUGUUAUCAUAUCUUGUUUAUCUUCGUUUACUUAAACAAUGUUCAAAUUUUAAUCGUUAUCAAUGCAUUGGUGUUUGGGAUGAUUAUCGUUUAUAUACAUUCUUUCUUCGUUUGAAUGAAACAUUACGAUAUGGUAUAAGAGCUGAUGGAAAAAAAUUUAAAGAAAAUAUUGCCCUUCGUGCUUUAUAUUAUGUUAUGAACGCCGCUGAUAAUAUUUAA